CGGCGGCGCUGGCGCGGCGGGGCCAGGGCGGCGCGGCCCGGGCGCUCCUCCCGCGCCUCUCCUCUGCUCCCCAUGGCCGGCAACUUCUGGCAGAGCUCGCACUAUUUGCAAUGGAUUUUGGAUAAACAAGACCUGCUGAAGGAGCGCCAGAAGGACCUGAAGUUUCUGACUGAAGAAGAGUACUGGAAGCUGCAGAUAUUUUUUACUAAUGUUAUCCAGGCUUUAGGUGAACAUCUUAAAUUAAGACAACAAGUUAUUGCCACUGCCACAGUCUACUUCAAGAGAUUCUAUGCCAGAUAUUCCCUAAAAAGUAUAGAUCCAGUAUUAAUGGCUCCUACCUGUGUGUUUUUGGCAUCCAAAGUAGAGGAAUUUGGUGUUGUUUCAAAUACAAGAUUGAUUUCUGCUGCUACUUCUGUAUUGAAAACUAGGUUCUCAUAUGCCUUCCCCAAGGAGUUCCCUUACAGGAUGAACCAUAUACUAGAAUGUGAAUUCUAUCUCUUAGAGUUAAUGGACUGCUGUUUGAUAGUCUAUCAUCCCUACAGACCUUUGCUCCAGUACGUGCAAGACAUGGGCCAAGAAGACAUGCUGCUACCUCUUGCAUGGAGGAUAGUGAAUGACACGUAUAGGACUGAUCUUUGUCUGCUGUACCCUCCUUUCAUGAUAGCUCUAGCUUGCCUACACGUGGCCUGUGUUGUCCAGCAGAAGGAUGCAAGGCAGUGGUUUGCUGAGCUGUCUGUUGAUAUGGAAAAGAUUUUAGAAAUAAUCAGGGUCAUUCUGAAGCUGUAUGAGCAGUGGAAGAACUUCGACGAGAGGAAGGAGAUGGCUACAAUUCUCAGUAAAAUGCCUAAACCAAAACCACCUCCCAACAGUGAAGGAGAACAGGGUCCAAAUGGUAGCCAGAACUCUAGUUAUAGCCAAUCUUAAGACAUUCCAAAGAACUUCUGUAUGGACCACUUUGACUCAAGACAUCCUGGGAUCCUCGCUGUGUUAAUGAACUGGACAGAAGGUUUUCAAUGACAUCUUGGACAAAGAACUUGAAGAAGAAAUAGCUUGUGUCAAGCACUUGGAAAGCUUUUGCUCUAAACCUGCAUCAUUUUCUCUCAGGCUGGAGCAAAUAGUACUAGAAUUUUUAUUUUUUUCAGUGUAAGGAACCAAACCUUAAACCAAGCUGCAAAAGAUUAACUCUGUCCACUCAAAAAGCAAGCAAAAAAAAGCUCAUGAUUGGUUUUGUUUACUUGGGAGAAAAUUGUCCUUUGCCACGGCAGUGAACUCUUUUACAGCAACAGUAACCUGAGGCCUGAGUGUAACUCUGAACAGCUGUGUUCUCUUCAUUCUGUUUGUGACUGGAGGAAGGUGGUGCCCUGUGUGUGAGAUUUCUUCUUUACCUUGAGUUUUGUUGGCUUUCAAAAGGGUAAAUCCAGAGUCUGUGACAAGUAACACAGCAGCUCCUCGGAAACAAAGCCUAGGAGCGGCGGCAGUGUUGCUACAGCUGCAGGGAAGAAAUUCAGUUCCUUUUUCUGGGUUAGGAAGAUACUGCUUUAGUCAGGUGGAUGUGGGUGGCUUUGGCAGGAAGCAGAGCAGCCCAGCUUGGCGGAGCAGUGCAGUCUGCAGGUUCCUUCAACAUUUUGGGUGUCAGUUAACAAAACCCAACAGCUUUUGUUUCUUCCCCAAGGAAAUGCACUGUAUGGGUUAGCUGAAUUUUGCUCCAGUACAAACCUGUCUCUGAUGGCUGUUAGGGUGUGCAAAGGAGGCCCACUGUUGGGCUGCCCUCAGUGCUUGUGUGGGUUUGUGUGGCUCAUUAGGGAGUUUUGAUUUAAGAGGAUCAAGCUUUUGGUGAGGUUCAUGCUGGCUUGUUUUAAUUGUGAUUGUUAGGAGCAGCUCUAUAGGAUAACUGACCUGGGAUUCCUUGGUUAACUCUGUGCUGGAGAGAAUGAGAUUCCUUCAGAGAGGCCAUAUCCUGUCUUCCUUACUCAGGCAGAUACCCCACUGCAGUCAGGAAGUGGCCUGCAUUGAUCUUGGGUUUUAACUAACUGUUUGUAAUGAAUUUCUGUACAGCCUCCUUUUGAAUGGCAGUGCCAGCUUGCCAAGUAUAAAACCUGAAUGCUGAACAGGCAUUCUUCUUUCUGCUCUUACAUUCCCCAUUUCACUCAAUAGUGGAGGGAGAAUUUUGCUCUGUGAUACAUCUUAGUUCAAAACCCCCCCCUCCCACCCCAGGUUUGCCAAAUGUCUUUAUAAUUGGCUGGUCAGUGAAAUGCAGCUGAAGUGUGUUUGUGUGGAUCUACAAACAUAUCACUUCAGGGUUUCCCCCCCCAAACACUUUGGUGAAAUAGAAAAUACAAACAUUUUGGUCUGCUCUUUGUUGCCAUUUGACCCAUACCUUUUAGACACUUGAUUGAUGAAGUGGAAUUUGGCUGUUGGCCUUUUGUUUCUUGAAGUCUAAAAUGUGCUAUUUGUAAUGUGGACUUGGGGAGUAGAAAUAAAUCAAUGCAACUUGA